AUGGUGGCUGUACGCGUGCUGCUGCUGACGGUGGCGCUGGCGCUGCUCGCACUGGCGGGCGCUGCAGUGCAGCCUAAGGCUGCGCGAGUCAGGAAGAGCUGGGCGGCCUACACCAGCAAUGAGAAGAAGCUGUAUCUGAGCGCACUGGAGAAAGCGAUGGCGUCGGGCAGCCACAUGCUGUUCACGCAGGUGUAUAUGGACUCGGGCAGUCUGGAGCAGGUCGUGGGCACCUGCGGCGCGCCGGCGUGGUACCGCAAGUAUCUGCUCGGCUACGAGAACAUGCUGCGCUCGCUGGACUCGACCUUCAGCGACUUGACGCUGCCGUACUGGGACAUCUUCGAGGACGCGGCCAAGCGUAUCUCAACGAGCACCACGUGCAACGGUAUUGAAGGCUGCUCGCCGAUCCUGAAGGACCUUGGAGGCUGCGAAGGCCCUGAGCUCCUCCCCGGAGCGUACGUCGUAAAUGGAGAGGCCAUCCCGAGUGGCAACUGUGCCAACAGCAGUGUGGCUGCCCACACCUGCACGAAUCACAAGAAAUGCGAAAAGUGUAUCCCGCGAGGAGACUGGGGCAUUGGCGAUUCGUCCUUGGAGUUCGGUCCGACGACGUUUGCAGACUUGAUUCGGCGUGCUUCUAGUGCCAACGGAACUAGCAGUAGUGGCGCUUCAGCAAUGGAUACAUUGCGCAAGGAAGUUCAAAACUCGGUCCAGCUCACGAUACACAGCUUGCUCGGUGGAGCCUACGAGACCCGAGCAGCAUCGUUUGAUCCGAUCUUCCUCAGUCACUAG